GGGGGAGCGGCGCUGUGCGCGGCCGCGCUGGGCUGCGCGGCGGGGGCGCGGCUGCUCAGCGCAGUGGACGUUUCCCUCAGAAGAGGGCAGACGGUUUGCAGGCGUGGCACGCAGAAACCCUGCUACAAACUGGUUUAUUUCCACGAUGCCUCCCGCAGGAGCAGCUAUGAGGAGGCUCACCUGGCCUGCAGGGCUGAUGGGGGACACCUGGUGAGCAUCGAGAGCCCAGCAGAGCAGAGACUGAUCGAAUCCUUCAUCAGGAGCCUCCUGGCCUCUGAUGGAGACUUCUGGAUAGGGCUGAGGAGGAGGAAGGAGGAGGAGGAGAACAGCACAGAGUGUCACAGCUUCUACUCCUGGUCAGAUGGGAGCUCGUCCAAAUUUCGGAACUGGUACGUGGACGAGCCCUCGUGCGGGGGCGAGGUGUGCGUGGUGCUCUACCACCAACCCUCUGCCCCACCCGGGCUGGGGGGCCCCUACAUGUUCCAGUGGAAUGAUGACAGGUGCACCAUGAAAAACAACUUCAUCUGCAAAUAUUCCCUGGAGAAGCCAACAAAAGCUCCAAUAAACAAUUCCCGAAGAGCUGUGGCAACAGAGCCCUGGAAGGCAGAAUUCCCAGAGGAGAGGCGGAGGAAAGGUGCCAGUGGAACAGCUGGGGGAGCCAAAGAACCUGUUCAGAGCCUUGUCUACAUCCUUAUUUCCAUCAUUCCUGUGCUGCUUCUCCUGGUGGCCAUCACAGGCAUCUCCUGCUUUUGGCUGUUCCUGAAGAGGAGACAGGAGCUGGUGGAUGUGACCCCCAAGGGUGACAGUGCCUGGCUGCCACACCCCAGGAGGGACAGCCCCAAGCUGGACGUCUACAGAGUCAUCAACAAGCAAUCUGAGGCUGACCUGGCCGGGGCCAGGCCUGGCACCAAGAAUUCCUCUUUUCGUGCCCAGGAGGGGCUGGGGAGCCCUGAGGACACCUCCAGCCCUGCCUUGGUGACACUGGCCAGCACAGAGAGUGGCUUUGUCACCAACGACAUCUACGAGCUCUGUGGGGACCGUGUGGGCAGGAGCAAAGAGUCCACCUGGGUGGACAAUGAGAUUUAUGGAUAUUGAGGAAAUGGACCCAGAAAAAACCACUGGAAUGUGGAUUUUUGAAUAUCAACAGGAGUUUUCUUGCCCUCUCUAUGCACUUGUUUAAUAAUGGUGUGUGUGGUGUUUGUCCUGGUUUUGCAUUGUCCCCUCGUUCUUCUAUUUUCUGAAAGAAUUGGGGGUUUUUAAAGGUCCAGACUGAAAGGAAUGUACAGAUUUUGCUUUGCACCAGGAAUGGCUUGUUAAUACCCUCAAUUCCUUUUUGUACCAAAGAUAUGCCUUGAAAGUGAAGGACAAUCCAAAACCCUUAUUUAUUUAUAGACCUCCUCCUCCCCCAAGGUGCUAAAAGUUCCCUGUGCUGAGCCCUGCUUUCCUGGAGAUGCUGAACAGAGGGAAGUGGGGGAUGAAUUCCUCCGUUUCCUUUGCUUGUGUGUGCAACUUUUUCCACGUCUAUUAAAUUUCUUUAUCUCAACCCACGAGUUUUCUCAUUUUUACUCCUCUAAUUCUCUCCCUCGUUUUUCUGGAAGAGACAGAGACCAAGCAGGAGGGGGAAUGAAAGGUACACAAAUAUUUCACACCUUUUUUUCUGCAGGUGAUUUUCUGGCUCCAGGAGAGCAGCACUGCUGCAGCACAACACAAUGAAGCACCAAAAAUGUGUUUUAGUUGCCUAAAAGUUUGCUGUUCUCUAUUGCAUGUUAAUAAAUAAAUCGGAAAAUGGAAAAAAAAAAUCAAUUCAUAAGCUGGGAGGAAACAAAGGUUUGGCAAAAAGCUGCUUUAAAUGUGGCUGAAACAACAACAGGACUGAGUGCAGGCAUAGCCAUGAAUCUGUUGUGCCAAAACAGGCAGGAAGGAGUUCUUUUAGAUCCCUGAGCUGUUGCUGACUGCUGCAAACACUGAAAUAUUUCAGUUGUCCCAGCUGCUUCUCACUUCCUAAAUGUCCCAGGUGCUGUGGCUGUGGCUCUGCAGUGUCACAGAG